AAGCGAUCAGAACCGCCGAUUAUUCGACCUAAGUCGUUUCCGUUUCCUUUUGAAAGCCGCCAGAUUUGUCGGAAAACUCUCUUCAGUGGACUCCAAAACGUAGGCCGCCGAUUUAAUAUCAUAUGAAGCAAAUAUCUCUAGAUUUACUACAAAUUUCUGGUCGCAGUUUCGUCUGAAUCAUCUUUAUUUAAAUUUUACUUGUAUUUUCGACUUCUAUUGAGCGCUCGAUCAGACGAGUUAAGAGUAUGAGAAAUUGAGCGGAUUUUGCCAGGGAUUCUCCGAUCUUUGUUAAAAGAGUUCAUAAUAGGCAUGAACUUGUCACUGAAUGACCUCAAACAUGGCAGGAAAACAUUAAAAAGGGCACCACCACCAAAGGCUCCAACGGUUAUUCCCACGAGUCAAGAUGACGGUAAUACUGGUGCUUUAUCGGUGGCAUCUGUCCGAGAAAGAUUUGAACAAAAGCGAAUACCACCGCAGAAGCCCAAUGCAACACAAUCACCCAGUCAAGGUCGUGGCAAACCCCCAGAGGAAAAGGUUUUAUCUGUGGCCUCAGCAAGAGCAAAGUUUGAACAAGAACUGAAACCUGUAAAUAAAGGUCCUCAUCCCUGGAAGCCAACACCAAACGAUAGAAACCAGUCCGAAACAGACUUACUGAGACUAGAUAAGAACAGUAAUGCCAAGGGGCAUGGGAACAUAGAACCACCGCGUAAAGAGCUACCUAAAAUUUUUAGAAUUGGUGCUGCUCCAUCCAAACCUGUCAAACCGACUAACCUAAGGUUCAUGCUGAAAAAGUACAAGGACAAGAUCAUUUUGUCAAACAGCGUAACCUCUUCGACUCAGACAUCCACAAAAGAGGACAAAUGUGAGGAAACUGACGAAAUAUAUGAAGACACUGAAGACUUAUAUGAUGAUGUACAAUCUGUGCUUCCAAGGAACGGAGAUGACCAAUCAAAUGAUGUUUACGAAGCUGUUUAGCCCGGGACUUAAAUUGUUUUCACCGCUCUGUGUAUGGCCAGUUUUUGUGAAUGAGGCACCACAGACUGCCUGGUCGAGACAACCAAUAAGCGAACGCCUUAUUCUAGCAAAAGAAUAUGUUAGGAAGAAAAUACUACGAUCAUUUUAACCAAUCGUUACUGUUCGAAUUGAUAGCUAGUUCUAUAAAGUAGAAACCGGAGUUAAUUCUAUAAAGUAGAAACCGGAGUUAAGCACCGGCCUAAUGGGCCACUAGGCUCGUAAACAGACUUUACCUUUAUCUCUAUAAAGUAGCCCCUAAUCAUAAAAGACAAUUAUCAUUAAAUAUCAGUCUUGAUGAAAAUUUUAAUGAAAAUUGUUUGGUAUUCACAAUGAAUAGUGGGACGAAUUUCAUACUUUUAGGCUUAGAAUGUACAUGUAUGAAAACAGCUUUUUUUUUUUUUAUCAGACUGAAUUUAAAUGACCAUUGGAAUUUUAUUCUAGCUUAUUUGUAUUUUUCGAUGUAAAGCUUUCAAAGUGGCCAUUACCUAGGCUAUAGAAAGUUGCCUAGCUACAUAUCGUGGUAUUAUCAAGUGGUGAAGCAGAAAGAUAUAUUUUACAAUGGUAUUUCAGUUGGAGAAAAAAAAAUGAACUAACAGAACAAUGUGUUGGUAUAUAGGGGGUAAACUGAUGUUGCAUGACAAUAAUACGAUAAUUUGGUUUUAUCGACCGAGUCAAUAACAUAAACUAGCCACCAUAAAGAGUUUUUAAAGCUCUGCGGUGGCUAAUUUGCAUUGCAAACUCAGUUGAUAAACCCAACUACGUAUUGCUAUAUAUCCAUAAGAAGUCCAGCAAAUGACAAAAUUAUGCAAGAUUAGGUAGUAUUGAUGUAAUAAAAGCGUUUUCACGUAAUAUAUCAUAAA